AUGGAGGGUCCACUCGAUGUGACAACAUGUCUCGCGACCGGAGCCGUACUUCUCGCGGGCCACCUCUAUCUGUGCGGGGGUGGCUUUGUAUCCAUGAAGGAAAGGAUACUUCAACAAUGUAAAUCGUCCGAUGCGCCGGCGCAAGUGGGCCGGGUCAAAGACAGUCGCGUGGACGAAGCCUUCCUCCAACUCCGACAGAAAGUUUCCAGAAUUUCCCUCGAGUGUACCCUUCAUGCAAUAUGCCUGGCCUUGCUCUGGUUUUUGUACGAGUUUGCUACGAGACCAGGGCGAGCUCAAGCUAUGAGACUUGCAGCUACCCUUUGUCCGUACUCGAUGAAUCUACUUCUUGCCAGAGAGAGGAUAGAGCUGACAAGGAGGAACCUCCAGGUGUCCCAAGUGCUGUACAUGCUCACCUUCGGCAUCUUUGUCUUGGCGGGAUCUGUUCCAGGAGAUAGUUAUAAUGCAACUGAUCCGGUCGCCCUGCAGGCAUUCCAACUGAGCUGUCGUUUUUCAAUGACGGUGUUCUUUCUAGAUACGGCCUUGGUUGUUCCGUGCCAAUGCCUAGUGUCUCUGGCAGAGUGCUGGGCUUACAGUCCAAGCCGUGGUGAUUCUGCGACUUCCUUCAUCUUUGCCCAGCUUGUGGUGGUGGUCAUAAACGGACUGCCUUCCCUGGCGCUGGAAUUGUGUGUUCGAUCCCACCUUCGCGCCUCCCUGGCCUCGGCAGACGCAGAAUCCAUGGUGCAGGGCUUCCGACACGUCCUUCGCGGCAUCUGCGAUGGCGAGGUGUUGCUCGACAGCAGGAUGCAGAUCUGCGGGGAGGGGAAGUGCCUCCAGCACCUCCUCAUGACCGGAGCCAGCCUCCAGGGCCGAAGCUUCGCGGACUUGAUUUGGGAGGAGCAGAAGCGGGAGUUUGACCGUUUCGUGGAGGUGCAAAAGGGCUCCGAAGACGCUGCGCCGGCUUGUCUCCGCACUUCUCUCCGGGGCUCUUGCAGCAUUCGCGUUUCGGUGGACCUCUUCCAUGUCCCCUUGGAGCUCUAUGGGGAGAAGCAUCACUUGUUCGCCUUUCGGGAGGACGGGAAUCUCAACGAGGUUCAAAGGCAGGCCGUGGAGGGUAUGGAGUUGGAAGCGUCCAUGUUGGGGAGGAUGAAAGGGGCAGAGGCACCUUCGCAGCCCUCGCACCCCUCGCACUCCCAGAGACCAAAUGACCCGGGUUCCGGGUGUUCAGACAGCUCUGUUGGUGCUGGGUGCGUGUUCUCGGCAUACCCCUCCCUCUCAGAAAUUACCUUGCUGGUUGACACAGCCACGCCGAAGUGUGACGUCCGACAAGCACAUCUGAAGUACCGAGCCGAUCGAGAGCACCGAGAAGAGGACAAGGCUUCCCUUUCGCCCUCUCUGAGAAAGCUGGUGCUUCCUCUCGACUGGGAGACGAUCCGUUCCAGGGCCACCCGCUAUGUCCGGAAGGCUCAGCAAGGCCGAACAGAGCCCAAGAACAUGCACGGGAUACGCCUGAGGACAGAAAGCUCACGGAAGCUGGUCAUUGCCAAGACUGCCACGUUGCUCCCUGCCCAAACAGAUCCAACCUCACUUGUAUGGGUGCACCUCUUGGAUUUCGUCGAAGAUAGCUCCAGAUGCAGACAGCCACCAGAUCUCGCCGGCAUUCGCGAAUUUCGGUCCGCGACUGGCGUUUGCAAACCGGCCAGCGAGCCGAGCUCUAAAUCUGGUCUCGAAGCGGUCGAUGUCCAGACUUAA